GGGAAGUAAACCAAUUGAUAUUGGAAAAAGUGCAAGAAAGAAGAAAUUAAGGAGGAGACAAAGAGACGAUCGAUCCAUUUGUCGAUGCCAAAUCUCAUAAAAGUAACAUCACUCCACUCUACUUUGACUCCACUCUACUACACUCACCACACUCCACAUCGUUUUCUAUUUUUAGAACAACAUACACACUAAAUAUUGCUACAAUCACGCUAAGCUAUGGUAACUAAAUACAUAUAAAUAUUUAUUGUUUUUAUUUAUAACCAAAAAAGCACAUACAAACACACUGCCAUGUGAAUCUCACAUGCAUAAAAGAGUCCCAUGGAGUCAUCAAUACUACAAUAGACAAAGUUUUCAUUUUUUCUCCUCUUCUUUUUUUCAAACUCAAACAAGAGUUUUCUUUCACUUUCACUUUUCCUUUUCCUUUCCCAUUCUCUGUUUUUUUUUCCCUUUGGGGGAAAAAUAAUAGACAUGGUGAAGGAGGAAGAGAAGAAGAAGAAGAACCAGUACCUUCACAAUUCUACCAAAGUUUCAAAAUUUUCAUCAAAUCCCAUUUUCCUAUCACAAUGUAGUCUUGUACUAUUUCUUUUUCAAGCCUUCAUUUUGGCCAAAGUGGAAGCUUUCAACUAUGGUGAUGCCCUCACAAAAAGCCUCCUCUACUUCGAGUCACAAAGGUCCGGUCGCUUACCGUACAAUCAAAGGGUCACUUGGCGAGACCAUUCGGGCCUAACCGACGGUCUGGAACAAGGAGUAGAUUUGGUAGGAGGAUAUUAUGAUGCCGGAGACCACGUAAAGUUUGGUCUUCCGAUGGCUUUUACGGUUACAAUGCUCUCUUGGAGUGUCAUCGAAUUCCGGCAAGAGAUCGCCGCCGGUGGCGAGCUCCGGCACGCCAUGGAAGCCAUCAAGUGGGGUACUGAUUACUUCAUCAAAGCUCACACUAGCCCAAAUGUGUUGUGGGCAGAGGUAGGAGACGGAGACACUGACCACUACUGUUGGCAACGCCCGGAGGACAUGACAACAUCUCGGCAAGCUUACAAGAUCGACGAGAACAAUCCCGGGUCGGAUCUCGCCGGAGAAACGGCUGCAGCCAUGGCUGCUGCUUCCAUAGUUUUUAAGUCCACAAACCCACAUUACUCUCACCUACUUUUACAGCAUGCCCAACAGUUAUUUGAAUUUGGAGACAAGUACAGGGGAAAGUAUGAUGGUAGUGUGGGAGUAGUGAAGAAUUACUAUGCGUCGGUGAGUGGAUAUAUGGAUGAAUUGUUAUGGGCAGCUCUGUGGCUAUACAAGGCCACCGACAAUGAAGUGUACUUGAAUUAUGUUAUUGACAAGGCUCAUUUCUUUGGGGGUACUGGUUGGGCCAUAUCUGAGUUCAGCUGGGAUGUUAAGUAUGCUGGCCUUCAAUUACUAGCCACCAAGUUAUUAAUGGAAGAAAAACACAGAGAUCAUCAGAGUCGAACAAUUCUAGAGCAAUAUCGAUCAAAAGCAGAAUACUACAUUUGCUCAAGCCUAAACAAGAACAAUGCGAGCAACAACGUAGAACGAACCCCGGGUGGCUUACUCUAUAUCCGCCAAUGGAACAAUAUGCAGUACGUCUCAACGGCGUCGUUUCUUCUCACAAUCUACUCUGACCUUCUCAAGACCUCAGGUGGUGGUCAACAGCUCAGCUGCCACGCUGGAAUGGUGGGCCCCGAUGAAAUCUUCAGCUUCGCUAAAUCACAAGUGGACUACAUUUUGGGCUCAAACCCAAUGAACAUGAGCUAUCUAGUGGGCUUUGGCCCAAAAUACCCACAAAGGGUUCACCAUAGAGGGGCUUCGAUUGUGUCGUUUAGGGAGAGCAAAGGGUUCAUUGGGUGUACCCAAGGCUAUGACUACUGGUACGGACGAGAGGAGCCCAACCCGAAUGUGCUGGUCGGGGCCUUAGUUGGAGGACCCGAUUCACAGGACAAUUUUGGUGAUGAAAGGAAAAAUUAUAUGCAAACUGAGGCCUGUACUUACAAUACGGCACCAUUAGUAGGAGUUUUUGCCAAGUUGUCACAAUCAGAGGACCAAAAAUUGGCUACUCAUCAAAGUUUGGAUUUGAUUGCUUCUUAUUAAGAAUAGUUUUGGGCUUGGGUUCUUUUCUAAUUGUGGGUGAACCAAGGUUCUCCCCUCGUUUUUUAUAUCUUAAAUUGUUUUUUCUUAAAGUGUUCAUAAUACUAGAAAGUUUUUUUUUGUUUCUUUUUUGAAAAAAAGUUAAAGCCAAAAAAAAAAAAGUUGAAAUAAAGAUGCAAAAUUUGUCCA